AUGAAUCGAUCUGAAGUCUCCAACGGUAUUGUUUCACUUCCAAUAACUCCAACAACUCCAACAACUACUAUUGAUUCAAGGUUUGAGUGUAAUGUAUGCAGAAAAUUAUUUAAAAAAAAAAGUGGGUUGACAAGACAUCUUAAUAUUGUUAAAAAAUACAAUAUUUCACGUUCAGAUCUUGACAUUUUGCCCGAAAAUACUAUACAACAAUUUAAAUGUAUCUUAGUUUACUAUAUUCGUAAGAAACUACCAAGGAGUUAUAAACAAUUAGGCAAACAAACAGUAUCUGUUCCUGCUACUGAAAGUCAAUUUUAUGCUGUGUUUAAGAAUCAUAUACAUUAUUAUUCAGCUAGGAGGGGCUUUUACAAAUGUAUGUUUUGUGGAGUUUCAGCAAAUCAGAUAUUGGCAAAUAUUCUAGAUAUUCAGGAAUGGGCGGUUAAAUUUUAUGAGCAACAACAACGUACUUAUAUUGUACUUUGUGAUGAUGCUAAUAUUGGAUCUGAUGAUGAAAAUCCUAUUUUACGAGCUACUAAAAAGUGUAAAUCAAAAUACAAAUGUUGGCAACUUGUGGUGGAAUGGAAACAACAAAAAAAUAUUGAUUUUAACGGUAAUCUCACUCAAGCAGGGCAUAUAUAUUUUCAUUUCUUUAAUAGUCAAGCUAUGAUUCAAUGA